CGGAAGAUCCCGCAUUUACGUUCCGAAAACAUCUUGCCUUUAAACCUGAUUCUCAUGACCCUUUCUUUGCUGUUCUUACGGACAAUUUCAUCAUCUUGUCAUUUGAGGACCAUAACCAACUCUGCUUUAUUCAGUUUACAAAGAAGAUGGAUUCUCCCGAUGUAAACAAGAGACUGGAAAAACUCUCUUGUUUGGACUUUAAGAUUUCUUACAUUGAUCUGCUUGGGCCGGAAGGUAGAAGGAUGACACGUCACCUGGCAAUAAACGGUACGCAAGAUAUGGUCAUUUGCUGGUGGUCAGCCGUUAGCCAUGGAGCGUGGCCUUGGUCGCCUAUUUCCCGUGAGAGGGACAGAGCCAACCUAUUGCUGUUAGGCUGUGCGCACGGCAAAUUGGAGGUUCUGAGUUACGUCCGUACAGAAUGGGAUCCGCUCGACGCUCGCUUCAGCACUAACCAGCCUUCUCAGGUUUACACGGUAGAGCACUCCGUCUCCGCAGAGAGAGAGCCCAUGGCCGACAGCUGCGUCUACAAGUGUGUUAGGAACAAAAUUCAGUGUGCGGCAGUCACCCGAAUACCGCUACGAGCCAAGGCCGUCAGCUGUUGCAGAGACGCGACAGAAGACAAACUGGUCCUGGGUUGUGAAGAUUCGUCAAUAAUUCUGUACGAAGCCUACAACCAAGUGACUCUCUUAGCCCAAGCAGAGCUGCUGCCGGCCUUGAUAACCUACCACCCUUCUGGAGCUGUGUUUGUGGUUGGCAGCUCUCAAGGGGAGCUGCAACUUUUUGACACGGCACUGUCCCCAAUUAAAAUUCAGCUCUUGGCACAAGACUAUGCUCCUGAGGCGACCCUGCAAUUCAGUAAACAUUUGGACGUGCCUAGCAGCCUCAUCCAGAUCCAGUGGGCUGCUCCUCCAGUCGCAUCUGCCAGCGCUGACGGCGCAGACGUUCACGAUCUUUUGUUGGUCAGAUUCGACAAAGGACCCUUCGGAGCGCUUCACUUUAAACUUGGUGUGCUCACAAGAGGACGGCUGGGCCUUGUGGAAAUCAUCCACCAGUACAUUCGUUACGAUGAGAUACACGCGGCAAUUAAUGUCCUGAACACCAUGAACUGGAACACGAUGGGUCGUCAGUGCUAUAUAUGCUUGAGUGCCAUUGUCAAUCACCUUCUUAAACAAAAGCUCACACCAGACAGAGAAGCGCAGCUUGAGGCAAGCCUUGGAACCUUUUACGCUCCAACAAGACCCCUCUUGGAUCCAACCGUGCUGGAGUACAGGGACCCGAUCAGCAGAUAUGCGAGAAGGUUCUUCCACCACCUGCUCAGGUAUCAGAGAUUUGAAAAAGCAUUUCUGCUAGCUGUUGACAUAGGUGCUCGGGACCUGUUCAUGGACAUCCAUUACCUUGCACUAGAUAAGGGUGAAUUGGCACUAGCUGAAGUGGCAAAGAAAAAGGCUAAUGACAUUGAUGCAGAAUCAAUAACUACAGGAAUUGGACUUCUGGGGCAGUCAGACGAAGAAGGCGCGUCUCGCGAAGCUUUCGUUGACCGACCUUCAGAGCGUGGAGGAGAGUGCGACCCCCCUGCUCCCGGUCCAGCCGUCGGACCGCCAGCGCAGAGCUGCGCCCGCAGACCCACCAGGCGCAGGCGGGCAGAGGACACCGAGCGCGAGCCUGGAGCGGAUGGUGGCACCACCACGACCCCCGUGGAGAAACCCUUGUCCAGCAGCCGGCAAGACCCACCAGGCGCAGGCGGGCAGAGGACACCGAGCGCGAGCCUGGAGCGGAUGGUGGCACCACCACGACCCCCGUGGAGAAACCCUUGUCCAGCAGCCGGCAAGGGGUUCUGGAGCAAAUGGGCUCAACCGUCCAGCCUCGGCAGCAUUCGGUAUCUCCAUCAGAGCACGUUCAAAGGAGUGGAACGCUAUAAUAGAGUAGUGCGGCGUGAGAAAGUCAUGGUUACAGAGUUGUCCCGUAAAGUCAGCCAGGCAGGGAUAGCUGUUAAUUCGGCUCAAGCCGUAACACGAAGCCUCAUCCUCGAGCACCUCCAGCAGCAACCUGACAGCAAAACCCUCCCGAGACACAAGACGGGCUCCCUCGCAGCCCGUGCAUCCCGCUCCCGCCAGCGGCUCCGCACCGAGACGGGAAGAUGCGGGAACCCCGAUUUAUGGCUGGGCUCGCGUCUCCACACUGCCCUAUCCACAAAAAUCACGGUCGCUUUCACUUGGUAUCGUGCAACAAAAAUGUUCCCGGUCACCUGCCAGAGCAGCUGGCUGUCACACAGCCAAACAACGCUCAAGCAGUUGAACGAGAUUUGUCUUCUAGAAGGAAAGCCUCAGCCCUACAGCGUGCAAGAGGCGGCUCAGAGGCAAGAAGGUGCUACUGCAGGGGCUGCCGGCGUCCCCACAACAGCGGUGCCGGUGGCUUGGGACUAG